AUGGUUGGAUUACUGAUGAUAGUGCUAUGCUCGAUAGGAGAGGUGAUAGCGAAAGUAGACAUUCGCCAAACGACUGCCAACAAGGCGUUCAUGGAAACGAUGCGAGCGGACGGCUACGAAAUCCGAAUCGGAAUCGACACCCGGAAUUAUUUUUUGAAAGCUCAAGAACAUUAUGCUCAUGUCACAAUUGUUAUUAGAUCGACACAGUUGGGACGGCUGAAAUUGGUGUUGGAACGGAACAAUUUUGUUUUCCUGAAUCAGACAGCGUUUCAUAAGUUGGACGCGGAUGGGGAGAGGGUUAUACAAAACCGCGUUGAAAAUUGCUACUACCAAGGUACGGUAGGCGGUGAGGAGAGCUCAUUUGUGGCACUGAGCUCUUGUAACGGACUCCGUGGUGUCAUUUCGUUUGCCAAUGGUACCACCUACGGUAUAUGGCCUCUCGACGGUGGUGAUCGAAAUUCCAGAAGACAUCCCCACAUUUUAUACAAAUCCGAAUGGGGUCAAGAAGCGAAAUGCGGGUCCAGUAUGGCUCAUUCUGUUGGAGAACGGGUUAAGCGAUCGGAAAAUAUUGUUCAGCAUAAACAUCGGAAGCAUCAUCGACGAUACGAAGGGGUGGAGCCUAAUUUGGCUAAAAGAGACGUGUCGAAACGAACGAAAUAUGUCGAAGUGGCGUUGAUCGCGGACUAUGAGUUUAUGAAACAACGCGGACUACACGACAUGGACGCCAUCUCCUAUAUGCUCGAGUCGCUGAAUGUCGCCGAUUCGAUGCUCUCCCGAGACCUAAACAUUCGUCUAUCAGCUGUCUACGUGGAAUUAUGGUCCGACGUUCAACGAAUCGAUCUACACGAAGACAUCGAACGGACACUAUCAGGAGUUGUGGAUUACGCGGCUGGCCACAUUUAUCACAUUCAGAAGGACGCGUCGAUUCUGUUCACCGGCGCCGGUGGCUUCGCGAAUCAAGAAGUUUCGAACGCGGCGAUUCGAUCGAUUUGUACCGCGCGAUCGGCGGUUAUUCUGAGGGGUGUUGAGCAGUUUGCUACGCAUUGGAAUGGUGAAUUACUGGCACAAUCGAUUGGACAUCUUCUCGGUUUGGAGCAUGAUACUACGGCGUGUAGCUGUGAACCAUCGCCAGAAUGUGUGAUGAGACAGCAGCCGGGAAGACUGGGCGCUCCGUUUACGUGGCAAUUCUCAAAGUGUUCGGUGGCACGGAUGCAUGGGAUUUGGCAGGAUGGAAAUAUUCAGUGCUUGUUGAAUAAGCCAUUUCAGGUCUCCGAACUUCGCGAAUGCGGCAACGGCAUCGUCGACGGCAACGAAGAAUGCGACUGUGGAACACGUGAAAACUGCCAGGAUCCGUGCUGCGACCCGCUGACAUGCACCCUACGACCUCAUGCUCAAUGCGCCGCCCAUCAAAAGUGCUGUCAUCGAUGUGAGCUUCGCAAAUCCGGAGAAACUUGUCGCUCCUCAAAAAGCCCAUGUGACGUGGCAGAAGUUUGUGAUGGAAAAUCCGGGGACUGUCCUCCAGAUGGCCACCUAAUCGAUGGAACGGUCUGCGGGCAGGAUGGACAGUGCUGGCGAGGGAAUUGCUCAGAUAAUCAUGAGCAAUGUCAAAAGCUAUGGGGACGAGAAGCCCGGGUCGCUGAACCCGUGUGCUUUGAGCAGAAUACCAAAGGAGCCGAAUAUGCAAACUGUGGAGUUCAAAACGAUGGAAAUUACCAUAGCUGUCAACUGGAGGACGCUCGAUGUGGUACCCUACACUGCCAUUCUGGAUCCUUGACGCCUACAGAUGCCACGUUGAAAGCUUUCACUUUUCAUUUUACCGAAAAUGAGAAGCAAGUACAAUGUAAAUCGAUUGCGCUGAGCACUAGAGCUUCAGGAAGUGCCUACCAAGCAUCUAUGGUCUCCGAUGGCACCAACUGUGGAUCCGGUAGAGUCUGCGUGGGCGGAUCCUGCGUUGAAAUGUCCUCUGUAACCUCUGCGACAGCUUGUCCCACUAAUAAUCUGGCUCUUUUGUGCUCUGGCCAUGGACACUGUACAACUACAGCUAAAUGUGUUUGCUUUAAUGGAUGGGCAGGUGCCGCUUGUGAUAUUCGCAGUAAUACAUCCACGUAUCAAGCUGGCAUGGGUUUUGACCCAUUUAAAACCAGCGAGAGAGAUGGCCACAUUUCCAUAGGCUCCAAGAAAAUUGUGAUUCCCCAUAUUGGGACCACCCUGGACACCAUAACUCUAUUCGCCAUUCUACUGGGCUUUGGAAUGUUCCUGAUGCUCUGUCUCGUAUGUUUGAUGGUAUGCUACCGUCGCCGAUCGAUAGUGGAGAUCCCAAAACCAUCUGACGAAAAGCUUGAAGAGUCCCCAGAUCGACAGAUUAAAUUUGGGAAUAUGCCAUCCUAUAGAGAAGAAAAGAGGAAGAGAAAGAGCAAUAAGAGGAUCUACGGAGCUCUAAAUCGAAUCACAGAAGCUGAUGAGCGAGAUUCAACCAGUCUGCGGUCUAGGGAUAGUGUUGGAAGUCAGCCAAUGCUUAUUAGGGAUCCCUACGCGACCAAUGAACACAUCUACGCGGAAUCCACGUCAUCCGCUGCCCCCAGACAGUUCCGAGGAAUAAACUCUGACGGAUCCUACCCCUUAAGAUCAUUUGGAUCGUGGAGAUCAUCCGCUCAAAUAAGCCCCGCCUCCUCAUCAGGACACCUUACCGAUGUAUCGACGUCCACGACGCCGUUAAGACUAAAUAAAAUCGGGAAGCUGCUGAAAACAAUGCAACAGUCGGAUGAUGAGGCGUCGGUGACGACGUCGCCGUUCUCCGAGAAUCACUAUCAUUUGCAGAAUUUGCAGCAGGUCAACGAGAGCGUGGAUCUGCUAAUAAUUCUCCAAAACCAAUCGCACCACCCGCUUCUAUCCGGCGGACGUCUAGACCAUGGAUACACUGGCGAAGAGGAACUCUCAGCUGUGGAAGCCGAUCACGACGUCGGAUCGAACACAGAAUCUUCUAGAGGAUGCGAGGAUCCUGGUGAUCCGGGAGGCUGCUGGGAUCCACCGUCGCUGGUCAAUGGAUCUUCCAGUGGAAAUAACUAUAAUUUCAGACAAAGUCCCUCGUUGUUUAGCGAUCCGUUUAAGCUGGAAAUGACGAAUAGUAUGCAUAAUUAG